AUGUCGCUGCCGCCACACCGCGGCCGUGGCCGAGGCAGGAGCGCACACGGCCGAUCACAACAUGGUCGCUUUAACAGUGUCGCCCAGGACCAAUCUGCCCAUGCCGGGCAGCGUGAGCAUCCACCACAGGGCCCCAGCUACGACUCCGCACCUGCGGCACACCGCUCGCGCCAUCGUGAAGACCAGAACGGCUCCCUGAGAGGAUACGAUGACGGCCGUCAUGCGGUCCGACCCUCCACAGAAGAUACCCCCGUUGGUGGACUCGAUGAUGGCGCCAGCACCAGCUACGGCACCGAUGGGCCCGUGCACGGACUGACCUUGCAAGGAUCCGACAGGCGGGGCCGCAGAGGCGGUCGCUAUGGUGGCGGCCGUGGCCGUGGGCACAACCGAGAAGUUGUCCCCACAGUCAAUGGCCAGCUGCCUGACACCGUGACAGGGCCGCCUGCUGAGUUUCAUCGUCAAAGAGGAGGCCGGCGUGGUGGCCGCGGUGGAAGGGCUUCUCGAAGCGUCCAAAAUGGACCUGGAGGCGACGGUGCAACGGAUGCAGAACGACACCACCCUGCCGGUGUACCGCCGGCAGCUACGGCUGCUAUAGCUGCAGCCGGGGCCCCACCCAACGCACCUGGGUCAUCAUUCACUACCCAAUGGCACACUGAGGGGGCGGAGGCUAUCAGCAGCGGAAGUGACAGCGAGGGCGAGACGCUCACGUGUGUGAUUUGCUGUGAGGAGGUGGCGGCAGUGGCUGUGGGCUCAUGUGGCCACAGCCACACGUGUGCCAGGUGCUGCUUGCGACUGCGGCUGUGCUACCGCGACCUGCGAUGCCCGCUGUGCAAGACGGUGAACAACGAGGUCGUGGUGGCGAGACCGCCACUGCCUCCUGGAACCUCCUUCGAGUCGCUGGCCGGGUCGCAGCAGCAACGGGAGGCGCUGUGGCAGCAGCCCAAGUGGGCAAAAGGGGUGCUGGUGUACGACCCCCCUACUGAAGGAGCCGACCGCCCAUCGCAACCUGGCCAACAACAACAACAGCAGCACCCGGGCGGCGGCCGGCGGCGGCCCCUUCACAAGUCCCUGCAGGCGAUGACGUCCCGCAGCUGCUCCGUGUGUGACUCCCAAGGGCGGCGUCCUUUCGGCACAAUCAACCUGCUGCUAGCGCAUCUCAGGUCAGCUCACGACCGGCUGCUGUGUGAUGUGUGCCUGGGUGCGGGCCUGAAAUUUCCGCUGGAGUACCCCACGUACGACACCGCCGGACUGGCGAAACACAUGGCUUCGGAGCACCCGCGCUGCGAGUACUGCAAUCUGGUGUUUUACGGACGAGACGAGCUGUACGGGCACAUGACUCAGCGACAUUUCACAUGCCACGUGUGCUCCCGGCUGGGGCGCCACCACUUGUACUUCCCGGACGCUGAUACGCUGCUGAUUCAUCUUCGGGAGGAACACUACACGUGCGACCAUCCGGACUGCUUCGGCUGCAUGAUUGCCUUCGCCACCCGGGACGAGCUCAACACCCACAUCCGCGACCGUCAUUCGUCGUACAUGCCCCGCUGGGACCAGUCCAGGGCUCGGCCCCUGCUGCUGGACUUCAUGGGCACCCGCGGAACGACCACCACCACCGCCACCACCACCGCUGCACCCGCCGCAGCUGCCUCCGGUCGCAACAGCCGCAGCGAUGACCGGAGCGAGCAGCGGCGCGGGCGCGUAGCAGCAGCAGCAGCAGCAGCAGCAGCCGGCCGAGAAGGAGCUCCUCCUGCUGGUGCCAUCAGCGGUAGCGGCACGGCACGACACACAGCGCAGCAGCCGCGAUCGCGACAAGGCCCGAGUGGCCGUCUCGGACUGGAGGACCCGGAUGCAUUUCCCUCCCUGCAGUCACAACAUCCUCUUCAGGAGGCGCAACAGCAGCCACACCACCCGCACCCGCACCACCAGGGCGCCCUGGGCGACAUGCAUGAUACGGAAGGGGGCCUGGCUGUGAUUGAUGAUGAUCUCGGGCUGGGACCGUCGAGGUCGUUGGCCGCGGCCGCCGGUACCGCGGCGGGCAGGUCUAGGUCUAGCGGCGCCGCGAACGGCGGUGCUCCCUCGGCGGCGCAGUCGGGGUUGCCGACUGGGCCGGACAGCGGGACAGCAGCCUCGGGCGCCCGGGGGCUGGCGGGGGCGUGGGGGGGCCGUCAGCCUGGUAGCGGCACGUUCCGGGAGGACUUUCCCGAGUUGUCCAUAGCAGCCGCCUCGACAUGUGCUGCCGCAUCGCGCUCCGCCUGGGGACCGCCCAGCAGCCGGUCCGCUGCCGCUGAACCACCCGGCUCCUCUUCGGCGGCCUCCCCUCCCCGAUCCGCUGCGGCCACUGCGGCGUCGCUGUUUUCGCUGCGGAAGGUAACGGUGCGCUGCCGCUGCGGUAACCGGGUCGAGCACCUGGCACUUCGGCCCGAUGAGAAGGCCCCUGAGCUGGUUUGUGACCGCGACUGCACUGUGAAGCAGCGGCGAGCUCAGCUGGCAGAGGCGUUUGGGGUGGCGGCAGCAGACAGCCACGUCUCGUACUUUGAUCGCCACCGCACGCCGAACUACACGACUGAACUGAUCUUGGCUGCCCAGGCCGCUGGUACGGAGUGGGUGGCGUCGGUGGAGCAGGACUUGGCUCGAUUUCUUGCGGAUUCGUCCGUGCGCCGUACCUCGCUGGCUGCCGGUAUGAGCCAGUCGCAGCGGCGGCUGGUCCAUGAGCUGGCGGAGCACUACGGUCUGGUGUCGCACUCCAUCGGGCAGGGGUCGUCCCGCGCGGUGCAGCUGCUGAAGGGCGCCGCCAGCGGUGCACCCACCCGGCUGCUGUCCGUGGUGGCGGCCGCUACACCCGCCGAGGAGCUGGCUCGGCUGGCGUCUGGCAGCGGGGGCGCGGCCGGCGGAGGCUGGGUGAUAAAGCUGGUGGAUGUGGCGCCUGGGACGAAUGUGCAGCACUACCUGCGGGCCUGGGAGGGCGACUACACAGCAACCCCCGUGCAAGGCUCCUCCUCCUCCCUGCAGCUGACCUUCCACCGCGAGUCGUCGUUCCGGGACUGCCGCUCCCGACUUGGGGGCGGCAUACGUGGCGUGUUUCGUACGGAGGUAGAGCGGGAACAUGACGGAGCGCGGCCUGCCGCUGGACCGGCAGCGGGGUCGGGGCCGACAGCUGGCGGGGUGGCGCUGAAACCGCCGGCACCUCUCGUGGCGCCCCCGGGCUGGCAGGUGCUGCGCGGCAACAAGGCGGCCGCGCCCGUCACCCGCGGCAAGGUCGGCGGCACCCCUGCGGGAGCUGACGCCGCAUCGUCUGUCCGUGCGGCCUUGGCAGCUGACGCGUGGGCCUCAGACGACGCGAGCCCGCGUCCGCUGCAAUCCCAACAACGCUGGCACGUGGCGCCGGACGGCGUUGCGGGUGGGGCGGGCGGGUCCAAGGGCGACGUUGCCGAGGGGCCGUCGAGGGGGGCCAUGGAGCCGCAGCUCCCCGGGCGCGGGCCGCCGCUGGACCUGGCGAAGGCGACGCUGUGGUCGGCUCUGAUGAUGAACGAGGAGGAGCAGAAUGGAGGUGGCGCGGGGGAUGCCGGGGGGAAUGGCAUUGGGGGAUUGCAAGGGAGGAAGGGCAGCACGCUGGCAUCGGCACAGAAGACUGCUGACAUUGUUGGGGGGGGGGACGGGGAGAGCUGGGAUGAGCUGGUGUGA